AUGUCUUCACCGUCUUUCUCUUUAUUAUUUUCCUUCUCUCUACGACCUUUCAUUUCUUUUUUGCUCCCCGUCACUCUUUAUUAUUUUCUUUUUUUUUAUUUCUUUCCUUUCUUUCUUAAUUUCCUAUUUUUUUCUUUCACUCCAUUUAAUGUCUUCACCGUCUUUCUCUUUUAUUAUUUUCCUUUCUCUACGACCUUUUAUUUCGCUUGCUCCCUCACUCUCUUUUUCUUUCUUCCUUUCUUUCUUAAUUUCCUAUUUUGUCCUUCUCAGUUUCUUUCACUCCAUUUAAUGUCUUCACCGUCUUUCUCUUUUAUUAUUUUCCUUUCUCUACGACCUUUUAUUUCUUGCUCCUUCUAUAAUUUCUUUUUGUCCUUCUUUCUCCUUUUUUAUCUCUACGACCUUUUUAUUUCGCUUUUUUUUUUUUUUUUUUCUUUUUUUCUUUUUAUUCUUUUUCUUGCUCCCUUUUGCUUUUUUCCUCUCUUUCUUAAACAAUAUCCUAUUUCGCCAUUUUCGUUCGCUUUUUCUUUUUCUUUUUUAUCUAUCUUCGCCGCUUUUCUCUUCUUCUUCUUUUUCAUGUAUCCUUAUAUUCCUUAUUCUCUCACUCUCACUUCUUUCUCUUUUUUGUCCUUUUUUUCUUUCUAA